CUUCCUCUCUCAUUUUUCUGCUCACAUUCCAAAGAUUUUCUUGCAGAGGGUUUAUUUCAUUUCAUUGAUUUUUUUAUUCAAUCCUAAAUCUGAACUGAACCCAUCUUCCCAACUUUCCAUCUGGGUUCUGUUCUUCAUGACUGUUUCUGUUUUCCUGUCAAAGAUGAUGGAGCUUUGAUGCUUUAAUUGGAGUUGGACGACUGGAUUCCUCAAUGGAAAAACGUAAAUGGUCGUGGAAGAGAAGGUCCUCUGAGAGGAGCCCUGGUGAAACUGGUGAAACUGUUGAAACCGAUAGUUCUGGAUCGGUAUCUUCACAUUCUGAGAGAUAUUCUGAUGAUCAGGAGGCUUUCAAGACAUCUCCUAAUAAUAACAUUCAAUCUCCUGAAGUCUCCUCAAUGGCUUCAGCAAACUGUGAAGAUGUUAAUGGUAGUGUUAAGAGCCUGACGGAGAAAUUAUCAGCUGCUUUGGUAAAUAUCAGUGCCAAAGAAGACUUGGUGAAGCAACAUGCCAAAGUUGCUGAAGAAGCUAUUGCAGGUUGGGAAAAGGCUGAAAAUGAGGUGGAGGUAUUAAAAAAAAAACUUGAUGCUGCAACCCAGAAAAACUCAGCACUAGAAGAUCGGGUGAGUCAUCUUGAUGGAGCUCUGAAGGAAUGUGUCAGACAACUAAGACAAGCAAGAGAGGAGCAGGAGCAGAAGAUCCGUGAUGCUAUCACAAAAACAACACGCGAAUGGGAAACUACCAGGUUUGAACUUGAAAGCAAACUUCUUGAGCUCCAGGACAAAGCUGAAUCUGUUAAGUCUGAGCCUCCAAGUCACUCUGGUCCUGAUGCCUGCGAUAAGAUUGAAGCUUUAGAGAGAGAAAAUUCAGCCCUCAAGAUUGAGCUCCUAUCUCAAUUGGAGGAGUUAGAAAUUAGAACAAUUGAAAGGGACUUGAGCAACCAGGCAGCUGAAACAGCUAGUAAACAACAUUUGGAGAGCAUAAAGAAGAUGGCAAGGCUUGAGGUAGAGUGUCGAAGACUUAAAGCAAUAGCUUCUAGAUCUUCUGUUAAUGAGCAUAGAACCACUUCUGCCUCCUCAAUAUACGUUGGAUCUCUAAUGGAUAGUCAAUCAGACAGCAGAGAACAACUUAAGGCAGUGGAUAUUGGUACCCACAAAAUGAGUUGCUCAGAUUCCUGGGCAUCAGCCCUAAUUGCUGAACUGGAUCAAUUUAAAAAGGAAAAGGUCAAUGAUAGAAGUCUCCCUGCCUCUUCUAUUGAGAUCACUCUGAUGGAUGAUUUUCUUGAGAUGGAGCGACUUGCUGCACUCCAUGAGACCAAGAGUGAAAAUCAAUGUGUUGAAUCAGAAACUAUUUCCAGACAGUCUGAUGAUGUUGAGAGCUCAUUGAGAGCUGAGCUUGAAGCCAUGGUUCGUCUCACAGCUGAACUUGAAGUGAAGUUGGAGAAUAUGGGAAGGGAGAAUGUUGAACUACAAGAGAAGUUAGAGAGGAUGGAAAUGGACAAGGUUGAACUAGAGAUUGCUCUAACCAAAAGUCAGGAAAGUAUUGAUGCAUCAGAAAUACAGUUAAGAGAGACUCAGAUGAAGUUGGAAGAGUUGCAAAAGGAGCUGAGUAUGGCAAAUGAAUCAAAGCAGCUUCUUGAGUCCCAACUUAUUGGCAUGGAAGUGGAGACUCAGACAAUGUCUGAAAAGAUUUACAUGUUAGAAACUGAAGUUGAAAGGGAAAGGGAUUUGGCAGGUGAAUCAAAGCAGCUUCUUGAGUCUCAACUUGAGAUGAGUAGGUUCAGUCAGGGCUAGGACGGUCCUUUAGGUACACCUAGCUUAAUCUGCAACCUGCCUUAGGAGCAGCUUCCACUGAGUUUGGAAACGAGGAGAGGUGGUAUCAAAUUACGAGAUAUAAAUUAGGUUAAAUUCU